AGAAAUUCCUUGGGUGAAUGCGGACAUGUUCGGCUGGACCGCCUCGGGGAGCCGCCGGGGGUCGCUGUGCGCGGCUGUCCCGGGCGCCGGGAGCGGCUCGGCCGCAGAAAGGCGGCAGGACGCGGCCAUGGUGCUGUCGGCCGUGCAGCAGGUGGUGGUCUCGGCCGUGCUGGUGCUCUGCGUCUUCGUCGUCCUGCCCAGGAUAUUUGGGGGAGGAGGCGGCGGGCGGCCGGGCCGGUCUCCGCGGGGCGGCAGGGCCGCUCCGGGCCACUACGAUCCCCGGCAGCACGGCAGAGGUAGUCCUCAGACAGUUUAUCAAGUUCAUCGGAAUCCAGGAAAUUCUGACAGUAAUACUUACCAGAGUAUUCAACAGAUGAGAAAUGCAAUGGAAAAAGAGAUAAAAAGUGAGACAACAAGAGGGAAUGGUAGAGAGUUAGCAUUCACCCUCAUGCCGUUGUAUGCUCUUGGAGUGGGAAUGUUUGCAGCAUACAAACUUCUUAAGAUGAAAUCACAUGAAGAAAGUAAUUCCAAAAAGGAAAAAAGUACAGAAGACAAGGCAAAGGAAACAGAGCAUCAGCUUUUAGAACUGGAGCGGCAUCUAGCACAGACAGAGAAAAUGUUAAAUUCUUUAUUGACUCAGUUGGAUCCACUUUCAAACUGUGUUAAUGCUUUAGCUUGUGAGCAGAAAGAUGAAAUAAUGACACAGCUCCAAUCAAUCAGACGACUGAUGAAAGAAAGUGGAUUGGAUAAAUCAGAAAACAAGAUGAAAGAUCUUGGCCACAUCUGUAAUGAGAAACUUGAAGAUCUCAUUCAGUCAUUUGCUGAACAUUCUCAAGAGAAAGAAAUGGACAAGGGAGAAGAUGGUUGUUAUGAAGAUUUGCUUGAAGAUUAUAGUAACGAUUACAAAAUAGAAGAGCAUGAAUUACACCAUGAAUGUGAAAUACAUCAGUUGGAGCCAGAUGUCUUAGAAGACCAAGAAAUAACAAACAAAGAUGCCACUGAAUCAGAAGUGAUGGGACCUAGGAGACGCAAUAGAUAUGAAUGGAAUCUGCAUAUGUAAAACUUUAAAAGCUUUUGCAUUUUUUUUAUAACGUUGUAUGCACUUUAAACUGUUUUAAAUCAACUUAACAUGCACUGCUAUAUGCUUUAAAAAGAGCAGUGAAAUACUGCCUGUGCUCAUAUCUACGACAAUUCUGUAACUGACUUCAGUGGCAGCAGAAUUUUACUCAGGAUGUUUACAUACUUUAUUUAUUUUUCCCUAUCAGAAUAUUUCUGUAAUCUGUAUAUAAUGCACUGUAAUUACAUCUGAUGCUUCACUGAAAUAUUAGAACGUCUUCUAAUUGAGACUAUAAAGUAGAGGUGUUUCAUAAAUAUAACUAGUAAGCAUGAUGCCACUUGAACUAUGACUUUCUUGAGUUCAUUAAAGAGCAUGCACUGGUGAAUUUAGCACUUUGUGGAAAUCAUUUCUCUAGGGUGGUAUGGAAAGCAGUAUGGAUUAAGUCUUUGAGAUCAAUUCAUAGUUAAGUUUAUUUGGAGAGAGAAAUUUAGCUAUGGACACUAUGUAAAAAUAAUUAUAUCUGAGUUUGCAGUCUCCUAAGUAAUUAUGUGUAGUUUUGUAUGUCAGUUUAAACCCUAAUGAAUUAUGCUGGAUCACUUAAUUCCUUCCGUACCCGUCACUGGUUAAACUCAGCAGCUGUCUAGUAACUGAUUAACCCAUUAGUAUUACAUCACCAUUUCAUGUUUAACACAAAAGAAUCUCGCCUUUUGAUUCAUUGCAAUACAAUUUUUCUUACAUCAGAAGUAACAGAUGUAUUGCUACGUAUCAUUGAAGAACUGUGGGUAUGGGGGGUUCUUUUUUCAAUACAUUAUGCCAGCUCAAUAGUGGCCUUUUUAGGUCAUUGUUAAGAAAAACGUUUGUUUUCCUUUGCCAGAAUAAUUUUUGUCCAUACCUUCAUUUUUUACUAUUUUUUGUUCACUUAACACACAUGUUACCGUGGUACUGCCAGCCUUUAAUGACAGGCAUUGCCUUAGAGGUACGUUUGACAGUACAAAGCUAUUAAAUUUUCUGUGUUACAAUUGCGUAGCUUUUAAGUAGGCCAGUUAUAAUGCCUGAACUCUUUUGCCAUCCUUAUUCUUACAGGAAAAUAGCAUGUGGAUUUGUUUUUCUGGAGGAAAUGUACUGUACUUAAAGGGACUAAAUCCAUUACUGUGUCACUCACUGGAAUGGAAUUAAUUGUUCAUUCUGGUGUAUAAACAUGGUAUGUCUUUGGUCCUAAAACUGAAUCACACAGGCUUGGAAGUAGCAGCAGCCAGAAAUACAUCCUUAGCGUCAGUGUACUAGUAGUUUUGCAGUAGGUGAGAUUUUGCCUAACUUUGGAAAACUGAUGGGAGUACGAAGCCAGGGUUUCUUAAGGGGGCACAGAUUUUUCCCCAAGACAGAACGGACGAAUCAGAAGUAGUACUUGGACACAACUGAAUUUUUAAAAAUACCUGAUCUUGGUCUGGUCAUUCAGGACACCUGGAACUGUUUGAAAAAGUCAUUGUUGCAUACAGGCUUUUUCUCUGAGAUGCUUAAUAAAGUGAACUGAA